AUGGGAGCCUCGUAUGUCGUCGCAGCUCCAUUUCUACGUUCAUGCGAGAUGACGUGGGAGGCUCCAACGAGUUCCAGCAGAAGGCGAUGGUGCCUGGGCCGCCGGGCCCGCGGGGGGUGCAGGCCGGGGCUGUGGCCUGGGCAGCGCUUCGAGCUCCGGGCGGGCGGCAGGGUGGAGAGGCUGCGGCACUGGGGCGACAACGGGCGCAAGAGGUGGGCCGCCCGGUGCCUGGACAGCCAACCCGUCGAGAUGGAGGACGUCGUUGUGGCGGACUGCGCCGAAGACAUCGACGACGGCGAGGUCUGGGAGCCCCUCUGGGAGGAGGUGCCGCUCGAGACCCGCCUGUACUGGGCGGCCCGCGCGUCGUGA